UUAAAUUUUUCUGCGUUGAAAAUCGGAGGAACCGUUUCCUACUGUCUGAUCUUCAUCGUUUCCCUGGUCGCAAAUUCUCUCAUUGUUAUGAUCGUUUAUAAAAUGCCGAACUUAAGAAAACCGAUAAAUUUUUUCAUCGCAAACAUGGCCUCAUCUGAUCUGCUGUAUCCAAUAUUCUGGAUACCUUGGUACCUGUCACACUUGCACACCAACUCGUUUCCUAUUGGUGGAAAGGUUGGUCUGGCCUUGUGUAAGCUUGUCCCUUUCUUUAGUGACGUUUCCUUUGUCGUUUCGAUUCAGAAUCUGAUUCUGAUAGCAGUGGAUCGAUUUGGAGCCGUUGUAUUUCCACUCCGUUCCCCACUCAUCAGAUCCAAACUGUGUCCCUCCUUCAUUCUCGCUACAUGGAUAGUUGCCGUAGCGGUCAAUUCGCCAUACUUAUUCACCCGCGAGCUCGUUGAAUACCCAGAGGGAACCUGGUGUGUUAUUGAAUGGAAGAAAGCAUUCGGAGAGUCAUCAUCCCAUGCCAGUUUCUUACUAGCUUACCAGAUUCUGUUUAAAUGCAUACCUGUGCUGUUGCUAGUUAUUCUUCACUCCAUCAUUGUUAUCAAGCUCAAGACACAGGCACACCCAGGUGAACAGUCCGCCAACAGUCAGCAACAGCGGGACAGAAGAAACAGAAACGUGCUUCAAAUGUCCAUUGCUAUCGUAACAGUGUUUGCGUUUUGCUGGUUACCUUACUCUUUGAACUAUUUAAUCACACGGUAUCAGGACACUUUCACGCAUUUAUCGUGUAGUUUCUGGAUAAACUAUGAAGUCACCUUUUUAUACGGCUAGCGCGUACUCCGCUAUCAACCCAGUUAUCUGUUUCAUGUUUAGCAGUAAUUACCGAAAAGCUCUUAAAAGACUCAUAAAAUGUUCUUUUGUACAGGCGUAGGUUGCAAAAAAUGUGGUUUUGGUUGAAGAGUUAAGCCUGCGAGGUUCGUGGAACACUCGCGAAUAAAUGUAUCAUGACUAUCAAUCUAUUUUUAGUAGUAAUUAUCGAAAAGUUCUAAGAAGACUCAUGAAAUGUUCUCUUGUACAGGAGUAAGUCGUAAAAAUGUGCUUUUGACUGAAUAUGUUAAGAUUUAGAGGUACACGUGGAACACUCGUGAAUAAAAAAUCACCACGACUGCUGUUGGUGUACUUAACUGAGGAUUAAGUUUUGACUGCGAAAUGUGACAGCAUAGGCCACGUAUUGUUAAAGGUUGGGCGGUAAAUAAAACUCAGGGACGGACCAUUAGAAACUUUAUUAGGGGCGUAGGAAGGUGAUGUACAACUGUACAACUAACAACUCUUAAUUACUGCAGAACCGCUAAGUUAUAGAAGAGGUUCUACCGAAAAAAAGGAAGGUAUAAAAGCUACAAUUAUAAACAUCUGUUGAAAUUUUAGCGCCACCCCAAGCUUUGACAGUAAUGUUUACGUCGUCAAAAGAACUUGAGCAAAGAAAAAAACCGCAUGUUUUUGUGGCAUGUACGCCGUUCGCCCAUUGCAAAAAAAAAAAAAUACAUAAACCAAAAAGUUAAACAGGAAAUUUAAGCCAAACAGGAAGUUUAAGCCAUGUCGGUCUUAAUAACAAUUAUUGUGCCAAGGCCUCGCAAGGGGACAAAAAUUAAAGUUUUAAACGUUUGAAACUUAACUGAUGGCCGCGAUGCAUAUACUGCGUUGUCUGCGUUGUACAUGAAGGCGGCAGACAAUGGAGGGCGAUCCAGUCUUGGGACUGUUUCAAACGAUUUAGCAAGAAGAGACAAAACUAUAAUAGUGAUAAAAUGUUAUCGUUCGUAGAUGAGAAAAUUUCCUGCGCUCUUGACCACAAAACUCCCUGAUGACUCUUUUACACUUCCACGUGGGGCUAAGAGCCACAUUAAAAAUGUUCUUGGCCUGGCGUUUUAUUUUUGCUAUCUAUUUGACGCAAACUCAACAUACGCUUUCAAAUGGGCGUUUUGAACACAUUAGAAUAAACUAACAGCUCUACACUAGUGAGAAUUUAAUAAUAAUAAUGAUGAUGAUGAUGAUGAUGAUAAUAACUUCAUAAAAAAUACAAUCCUGGUAUUUACAUAUACUGUUAAGCGAUGAAAAUGCAAGCAACAGACUUCCAAAAAAGUCCUUCGUCCGAUUUCAUUUGCGCGGCCUAUACAAAAGGGGAUGCUCUUCAGAGGUUACUGUAUGAUAUUGUUUAAAUUUUGUUUAGAAACCAAUUCUUUGUUCUCUCUCUUUGCUUUCCUUGGUUUUAUAUUGACUGGACAACCCAAACUUGAAAGUGAAAUUUAAGACAGAAAAUCGAUUUGACAAAGUAAAUAACUCGAAGGUUCAAUGUUAAUGAGUUUUUCCUAGCCAAUUACAAGACUUACUCAAGCAUUGAUAUGAGUUUUAAAGCGUUUGAGUCACUCUGGUCAUUAUAAAUUCAUGAUUGCUACAGCGUUAUCGAGCAAUAAAAUUGUAACCAACAAUUCUUAACAAUAAAAAGCAGUCAAAGAAGGAACAAGCCUCGUCUAUUUGUUGAGUAAGAACCUGCUAGUUUCCCUUUGCCCGACAGCAGACUCCUGCUUUUCGAAUUUCCCGUUUUUAGUUCGAUCGAGAAGUAAAUGAUAUAAACACUGGCUGCUUCAUGCACACAUGAUAGCAGGCAUUUAUUUUUGCUUCAUAUUUUCCUGUUAAGCCUGUUAAUUGCUUAACGGCAGGCAGCUUCUACCCUGCUUCCUGUGUUUACCUGCCAAAUUGUGUACUUUAUGAUCGCAUUGCUAACGAUAACAUUUCACACACCUGUUUAAAAAUGGUGUUAAGCACGUAUGUUCGAUUAUCUUUUCCGAGAAUCGUUUCAGUCUCACCGUAGCUGUAGCUACAUGACAGGUCUAUGCAUUUCUCGUGCAGUUUUUGGCUAUACUUUGAUGUCACCAUGUAUAUGUCUAACGCGUACUGUGCUAUCAACCCGAUUUUUUUUUGUUUAUAUCCAGGGCUCGGGGGUUCAUAUUUAGCAGUAAUUGAUUACCAAAAAGUUCUUAAAAGACUCAUAAAAUGUUCUUUUGUACGGGCGUAGAUCGCAAAAAUGUGCUCAGUUUGGCUCGCAAAUAUAUCGUAUAUCAUGACUAUCAGUGUACUCCAGCACUCUGAGAAGGUUUUAAUAUAUGAGUGCGAGAAAUGACAGUAUAGGCGACGUAUUGUAAGAGUUUGGGAUAAAACUCGGCCGCGGACCGUUAGAAACGUUAUAGGGGGGUGGGCAGGAGAAGUACAAAAGUAUUCGUUCACGCAAGGGAAAAUUUUUUAACUGAAAAUUUAAGGGAAAUGUUGACGAUAAAAAUUCGAAUAAUGAUGAUGGUAUGAAAUAUCUCCCACUAACUCUUCGCUGUCUGUCUAUUGUUGAAACUUCUGCUGUUCAGCACGUAUUGCAUUUUUAAUUUGUAAUCACACAUUCAUAAAUAAUUUAUUGCAAAGUUUAGCCAAUAAAAAAAGCUGAACACAUCGGUUCGGUGGAUCGACUAACUGAUCUGACAUGAUUUUCAAACUGUUAUUUUAGUACCUUCCUCACUCUCGUUGCUUAAAUUCUGUUUAGAAGCCAAUACUUUGUUCUCUCCCUUUGCUCUCCUCAGUUUAUAUUGACUGGACAACCCAACCUUAACCCCCUGUAAGGUGAUAUUUAAAACAGGAAAUCUUUGUCACCAAGUAAAUGACUCGAAUUUUCCAUAUAAUGCUAAUAAGCCUCUCCUAUAGCCAAUCACAAACACUUCUCAGGCAUUGAUAUGAGUUAAGCGGGGGAGUGGUUUCUUGUCAAGUACCACAUGUAAUGGUAGUACCGGCAGAAGUUCGUAAAGUCCAUGGGAGUAAAAGAAAUUAAAUAACAAGCCUUGUAUUUUUGUUGAGGAAGAACCCAUUAGUUUAGUCGAGACUCUUGGUUUCAUAAUUUCCCUUUUUUUGUCCGCUUGAAAAGCAAAUGUUAUAAAAACUUCAUGUUUUAUGCAUAGUUGAUGAAUAUGCACUUAUUUUUACCUCAUAUUUACCUGCUAAGCCUGUGCUUAAUUGCUUGACAGAACUGAUGCAAUUGCAGGUGUUGCAUCGAGGACCCUGACACGCGCGUGAACAAGGCUGCUCAACUAAGAGACGCGUCAUCUGUGGAACGGGCCAACUGACGUCGCGCUUGUAAGCCACAAGAGGUGGUUGCAUGAGGAAGGACACAUCGAGUUUGCUCAUCCAUUGAUUAGAAUAGGGUACGAAAGUUCUGUAACAGAAAUCGUUUGACCUUGAUGUUAAACCGGCGGUAUAUGGGAACAAGGCGUCUAUCAACGUUACAUCACGCUUUUUAGGACGGGCGCAGCGCGUCAUGACGGCUAUUGGUUGUACUGAUAUGAGUUACGCCGGUGGGUUUUCAUGUCAUUCUCAAGAUAAAAUGCCACAACAUUAUCGAGAGACAAGAACUGUGGUCAACAAAUACUGAGGGCUGUAACAUUAAAAGAAAAGAAGAAAGAAACACGUACGCCUGGUCUUUUUGUUUAAGGAACCUUCUACCUUUAAGGAACCUCCUAUUUUAAGUUCGAUCGAGAAGUAAAUGCAUAAAAACUGCAUGUUUUAUGCACACGUGAUAACAUGCAUUUAUAGUUUUGCCUCAAAUUCCUGUUUAGCCUGGGCUUUUAUGGCUUUAAGUCAGCUACGCCCCUCAGUGCUUCAUGUAUGCUAUCAAAUAGUGUAGCUGAUGAUCCAAUAUGCGUAUUUUCAAAUUGCCUCAUCAACUAACAACACUUGCAUUUGUUAAUGGAAAGAAUAAUGGCUUUACAAUAAUUGACAAGAAAAACACAUUUUAGUAUAUUUAAUCGAUUUUGUCUAGUUUUAGCCAGGGGGAAAAUUUUGUCGGCGGCGCUUUUGAAGGUUGUCCCAUCUCAGGUAAAAUUUAAAAAAUGUGCGACAAACCAUCCGCAUCAUUUAUUAGGCGUUGAUGAUGACAGGAUAUUCCGCUAUUCAUAAGCUCUCUUUACAUUUUCGCCGAAAGCAUAUUAGUUUUGAAAAUUAGGUUGUUACAUAAAUGACGAUAAACUCAGUCCUUUCUCUUUAAAAUGACUCCCGUCAUUAAACGCGCCUCUUGGAACUCUAAAAGUAGUAAUCGCUAUUAUAUAUAAAUGAAGUGUCACAACGUUAUUAACGUUAUCGCAAAAAAAGAGCUGUAGCCAAAAAAUAGUGAAGUUUGUAACAACUAAAACUGAGCAGUCAAAGGAGUCUGAACAAGCCCUUGUCAGAAGAACCUGCUAGUUUCUCUUUGCCGACACCAGACUUUUGGUUUUCCCAUUUUUAGCUCGAUCGAGAAGUAAAUGUUAUAAAAACUUCAUUUUUUUUUGUGAACAGUGAUAAUAUGCACUUAUUUUUCCCUCAUAUUCACCUGUUAAACUUGGGUUUAUUAAAUGGCCUGAAGGCAUCUUCGCCUCUGCUUCCUGUGGUUAACUGUCAAACUUGUGUAGUUGAUGAUGGUACUACCGGACUAAAGAUAUCACUUUUUAAUGUGUUAAAACACACUUGUUUAAUCAACAUGUAAAUAGCAAAAUUAGGUCUUCCAGAGCAAAGUGCUUUUGAUCACAUGUAAAUUAAGCACUGUCGAAAUAAUGUACAGUCGAACCUCUCCUUACGGACACCUCUAUAAUACGGACACCUUUCUAUUACGGACAGUUCUUUUGGUCCCAGAAAUGCCAAAAUUCCUACAUUCCCUACCUCUAUAAUAGUACGGACACCUCUGUAAAGCGGACACUUGGUUCUGUCCCUUUGGUGUCCGUAUUAAAGAGAUUUGAUUGUAUUGUCAUUACUGUUACUCGUGUAUAGGAAAAGAAAGGCAGAUAAUUUGUCAGUAAACAGUUUAAAAAGUUUUUGAACAGCCAGGGGCCAACAAAGAGCCAUGCACAUGCAAACUGCGUCCAAUCUAAGUCAUAAUUUAUGACAUAGCAAUAUUUUCAUUACUGCAAAUAGUGUCGUCCAUUAACAACCACACCGAGAUAUAACUGUGAAAACUAGUACAUCUCAUCUAGCUGGUUUACGGGUCGCGGAUAGGUUAAUAUUCCACUGAAAAGUCAAAUAGUGUCAAAUGUUUUUAGGAAACAGACGUUUCGCGUAUAUAACUCUUCUUCAGUAUCAAGAAAACCGUUAUUAUUACGCCUCCUGGCAAUUGUCAUAGACAUUUGGGUGUGUUCCUUUCGGUGAAUCCAAAAACGGAUUUUAGAUCUAAGAACGGAUUUCGCGUUCCUUUCGGCAAAGGCAAAUCCGGAUUUUUGAUCUGGUGAAUCCUUUUUGAAAAAGGAUUCAUUGGAUUUGAAAUCCGUAGAAUCGAAAUCCAGGUUAACGGAUUAUAUAGUGAUCUAAGCUGUUCCAUUCACAGUGGAUCCGAAAUUAGUCAGAUGAUCCAGCGGUAUUUCUAGUUGAAGUAUUCCCAUAGAGGUCGUAGAGUUUCCUCAGCUCGUUGCUGUCAUUUGCCGCAAAACAUCUGAAAACAUUGGAAGAUUGUUCCUGGUACAUUAAAAUAUCCAUAUACUAACCAUUUGUCUCUAAAGAUUGCUUGAAAUCAGAAACAAGUAAAAGUAACAAAUGAACUGCUAUCUAACUACAAACUCGCUUGUAGACGCGACAGGCACUCGAUCGUGUUACAUAAAAAAAAUCCGAGCUAUGGAACUGGAUCAAACUGGCCGACAUUCUUUAGAUAAUUUUCAAUUUUAAUGCGCUUCUUUCUUUGUCUGUUUUAUAUGUUCCAUUGUCGCUAUUCGAACUGCCGACCACUAAAUUCAGCACGGUAUAAUCGCAUAAUUUGGUCAAACAGUAGAAGACACGUCAUUUGUUGAGAGGCUGUCGUGCAUAUUGCACGCGUUGGCAAAAGGUUACUAAGGUUACAAAUCCAAUUUCGGAUUUCACGUUCCUUUCGACUGCGAAAUCUGGCAAAUCUAGGAUCAAAAAUCCGUUUUUGGAUUCGCCGAAAGGAACACACCCAAAAUGAGGCGCGUGCGCGUGUAAAUAUAAGCGAGCGCAGCUGAAAUUGAUAUUUAGUCCCUUAGGUUUGAACGGUUCCUAGCUGCAAAAAAACCCUCAUUUCACGCUGCUUCGGUUGGAUAUCGGUUCCACUGCAUAGAGCCAUCCCACCACGCACCUGGACAUCGGAAAUACUGUGGCCCGUUGAGUUGAAAUGUUGCGCCACAGGAAGCUCAGGAGUGUUGUUGGGCAUGCGUAUACUUCGCAAACGUUCGCCAAAGCGACUCCUGAGGUUUCGUUCAGUUUCACCAAUGUAAAGAACUGGGCAUCGGCGGCAGGAUAUGCAGUAAACAAGAUUCCCUGAUUGGCUAGAAUGUGAAAGUUCUGUAGUAGAAAUCCUUUGACUUUGUUUUAGAACUUCCUAUUUUAAGUUCGAUCGAGAAGUAAAUGAAAGAAAAACUGCAUAUUUUAUGCAUAUUUUAUGCAUUAUUUUAUGCAUGCAUUAUGUCCGCGGCGCCUUUAAAGACUUCCCUUUUUUCAAAAAAGCGCUACGAACCAUCCGAAUCAUUUGUUUGGCGUUGAUGAUGACAGAAAAUUUAUCUCAAUUAAUAAACAACUUUUUCGCUAUUGAAAAAAUCAGGCCCUAUCUUUUUAAUCGAUUUGUUACUACUCUGGUUGGCUUAAAGUGAGUUGAUAACUGACACCAUUAUACAAAUUCACUUUUAGCAGCUGUGCUGAGGCUUCGCAGGGGACUUACAAUUGCCAAUAAAAGUUCUGAAUCAAACAGGAUACGCAAUAUAGAGAGCAGUAAUUCAAAGUUGUUUGACUGAAUACGUACAAUUCCACAGAUACGUCGCAAACCUAAGCAUGAACUCAACGGUGAACGGAUCCAGCGAAUCUUGGAGCUGCUUCCUAAAUUUUUCUGCGUUGAAAAUCGGAGGAACCGUUUCCUACUGUCUGAUCUUCAUCGUUUCCCUGGUCGCAAAUUCUCUCAUUGUUAUGAUCGUUUAUAAAACGCCGAACUUAAGAAAACCGAUAAAUUUUUUCAUCGCAAACAUGGCCUCAUCUGAUCUGCUGUAUCCAAUAUUCUGGAUACCUUGGUACCUGUCACACUUGCACACCAACUCGUUUCCUAUUGGUGGAAAGGUUGGUCAGGCCUUGUGUAAGCUUGUCCCUUUCUUUAGUGACGUUUCCUUUGUCGUUUCGAUUCAGAAUCUGAUUCUGAUAGCAGUGGAUCGAUUUGGAGCCGUGGUAUUUCCACUCCGUUCACCACUCAUCGGAUCCAAGCUGUGUCCCUUCUUCAUUCUCGCUACAUGGAUUGUUGCCGUAGCGGUCAAUUCGCCUUACUUGUUCACUUUCGAGCUCGUUGAAUACCUAGAGGGAACCGGGUGUGUUAUUGAAUGGGAGAAAGCAUUCGGAGAGUCAUCGUCCUUUGAAAGUUUCUUACUAGCUUACAUCAGUCUGUUUAUAUACAUACCCGUGCUGUUGCUAGUCAUUCUUUACUCCAUCAUUGUUAUCAAGCUCAAGACACAGGUACACCCAGGUGAA